CGACCUCGACACGCCCACACGCACCCGACCCGACUCGAAUCUUGCGACCCAGCGAUGCAAGUGCAGUGCUCUACUUUGGCUUCUUGUUUGGGUUAGUUUGUCAGCAGCAUCGCCAUGGUGUCCAAGUUGGAGUCGCUUUCUGUCCGCCCACCGACGCCGCCCAAAGACAUUGAAGAAAACGACAAGGACGCCGACGAGACGCUGCAGUUCCUCGAGGACCCCUUUGGCGAGAAGCCCACGCUGCCGAAACUCGCACUGCCCAAGAAGACGCUGCUGAACACGCCCUUGCAGUCGCCGUCGUCGGAGAUCGAUAUUCCGUCCAGCCUGGCCAGCGCGAAGAAGCGCGUUAUUUUCCAGCUCACAGCAUGCACCAGCCCGCAGAAGAAGGCAGUCGCACAGUCCUGGACCCCCACGCGUAGCUCGCCGCUGCGACCGCUGCCCCAUCUGCGCGGCCUGAAACCGCUCCGCUCCAUCCUCAAGCCCUCGGACGCGGCCUCGACACCCCCACCGACCGACGACGGCGCCUCGGCAGACAAGUUCACCACGUUCGCCGACAUGCUCGAGUCGAUAGUCAAGCAGUUGGCACAGGGGGAGCGCUCCUCGAGGCUGGACGCAUACCAUUCGCUGCAGCGCACCAUGCAGGCCUACGAGAAGGUCCCCGACGAGCAGGCACUCAAGAACAAAAUGUCUCUCUUGACCCAGUUCAUGCGACGAGACAUACAAGCCGUGAGCCAGACAGGCACCGGCCCAGACUCGCAGCUGAUCGGCCAGGCCCUCAAGCUGCUGCUGGCUCUGUUGCGCACUCCGGAUCUGAUCACAGUCAUGAAUGAGGACUUCUGCGCCUUCGUCAUGGACCGCAGUAUCCAAGUCGCCGCCGAUGCCUCGAUGCCCAAGCUUGUCGUCAACACUCAUCUUGCGGUGCUCAUGCAGCAGAACUUCCGGCCCAGGACAAUGACACCAAUACGCGUGGAAAAGGUCAUGGAUGUGCUCGACACAAUACACGAGCGCGUCAGUGGCUUCUCCGUGCAAGCGUACCGUCUUCGCAUCUACAGGAAGAUGAUUCAGCAACGUCCCGAGAUCAUGAUCAAGCACACGGAACGAUGGUUCAAGCACACGGUCAAAGCGUUGCUCUCUGGCCAGAAGGAUAUCAAUCAGAGUGCACUGGAUACUGCCCUCUCUGCCGCAAAGACAAUUGGGCAUGAUCGCCUCGUCACCAAAUCCGUGCUCUCUGUUCUCAACCGCGCUAGAAGCGACGGCGAAACCUUUGCGAAGCUCAUAGCACAAGAACUAGAGAAGAUGCUGGAUGGAGACAAUGCCUCCAUGGUGCCGCAGAUUUGGUCAGCAGUCACCGGACUCCUGCGAGACGGUAUGCAGCCUGGUAUGUUUGCUGCUUUGGGAGAUUGGCUCAAGGUCUUCGAAAAGUGCAUACGAUCCGAAAAGGAUGCUGUCAAAGUCCCAACCAAUGUCGCUUUGUGCUUUCUUCUCUAUGCUGUCAAUCUCUCUCCAAGUACCUCGGACACAUGGACGAAGAUGCUGCACGACAUCCUGCGACAACAGCUACAGCGACGCGUUAAGAAGCCUGAGCGGGAAGCCACCACCUCAGCAUACAUCACCCUGCUAUACUAUGCACUUCGACCAACAGCCUCCCACGAACAACUCGACCGAUACUGGCGCGAAUACGUUGCAACCUUUUGGACCCCACUGGUGAAUUUGUCACCCUCUACAUACGCACUCGUUGCAUGCCGUAUCGUUUCUGCUCUUCUCGACGGCUCGAGAAAGCCUUGGAAUGAGCAACGAGUCCUGGAAAUCCGAUCGCAGUUUAUGGUCCAGCGUGCGGAACUACCACUGCUGGAUCCUAGAUGGGUCCGAAAGUCACUCCCAACGGUGCUUAGCCUUGUGGAAACCCUCCUUGAUGCUACGCCUUGGUCUACGAAUGAGAACGAGGAGGACCAACCUGUCAAGACCAUGUGGCUGGCUGUCCUGAAAUCCCUAGUUGAAGCAAGCAGUAAGGAGGUUAUGGCUUCGAGCGAGACCAAAGAUGCAAUGGCCCACAUUGUCAAUUUGCUUCGUAGAGUGUGGGACAGACAUACCGCUCAGUUGGCGUUACCACAACAAAAGGAGGAUAGUUGGGCGGACAAAUUCUGCUUCCUGAUCGAGACAGUGAUACAGAAACUGGGCGCAUUCCAAUUCGCAGACAAAAGCCUUACUCGGAACGGCGAGGACGAUUUCGAAGUGGCUUCGACUCCAUCCGUUCGCUCACGACAAAACGGCCCUCGGAUAUCACCUCUUCUAUACUUUGUCGACCUUCUGAUCAACCAGUCUGAGGGCAAACUCCCAGACGACGUCCGACUACGAGCAAUGAAACUAAUCCUGGAGCCAUGCUUCAAUAUUCAAAACACCCGCCAAAGUAAGCUGGAGUUGCUACGCGACUGCUCAGCGACUGUAGAUGGCUCGUUGAGGGCUGUUGUAGCUUUAAAUUUCUGGGCUCAAAUCGCUGCAUUGCUCAAGUCUUCGUUCCAGGAACGAGCCUCCGACACAAAUGAGCAUGUCUCGCGUCCGCUUGGAAAGGAGUACGAAGUUGUGGUGGAAAUACUCGGGCUGGGUUCCACCUACAUUUUGAAUAGACCCCGAGGCCAGGAAGUGUUAGUAUCCUUUGUUGACACAGUUCGGCGCGAAGCCGGGGACGGGGCGCUUGUCCUUGCCGUGGUCGAAAAAGUUUCGGAGUGCGUCCUGAAGCGUGUUGCGGACGACGACAAAACUUCCUGCUUGCCUUAUGCCAGCAUCCUGCUUCGAAACCUCCCGGCGAAUAUGAGCCGUCGGGUCCUGGACCAAGCACGACAAAAGCUAUGGCCUUCGUCUCCGGGAGUUGGACGAAAUGCCGACUUCGAUCCCUACAACCACCUCUAUGGUGCUGUGGUGUCUACAGGAUUAGCAGCAUACCGUGAUCUUAACAGCGAGGACCUCGAGUCUACAAAAGACUUCGUUGCUGCUCUCGGGGCUUCUAUACACAACUGCACGACCUCCUUGUUGGCAGUUUACCUUCGAAAGACUCAGGACGUGAUUCGACUUUGGGUUGAAGACCCCGAGAAGAAGAUGCAGACUAGAGAGCAACCGAUGAAGAUUCUUCACAAAGAGGUCGUCAACCUAUGGCGAGAAGUCAGCAAAGCGAUCGAGCGACUGCCUCGUAAAGAUGGCCAGAUUCUAUCGCAUCUGGAAUCGUUGAUCACGGCAGGUUUCGUGAGCAGACGUCGCAGCAUUGCCAACGUCUCGAUCACGACUUGGAACACCACGUUUGGGAAAGAGGAGAGCUUGCGAUACCCAGCUCGCCUCGAGCAGGCACUUCGCCGAUUAUACAACACGGUCGAUCUUCUCUUGCCUUCACUGGAUAUCCAAAAGGGAGAUUCGAACGACGAGAUCUCCUUUUACGACUCAGACACCAGUGCGGAAGCGGUUCGAUCUACGUUCAAGAGUCCUCGAGUCAAGGCGUCACCUUUCAAGAUUGCCAGGUCUGCACGCAAAUCUAAACCUGGAUCACCUGCAGUGCCCACACCCGGAAGUAAGAGGACGCCUGGACGGCAAACACCCAAGGUCCGUCUUCGACAUGACAACUCGCAAGUCCAGUUCGAGGCAAUCGUUUCGUCGCCCUCGAAUCCGUUCAAUCAAGAGUCGCAGGUCUUGACUGAAAGGCAGAAGGAGGUGUUGGAGCGCCACAGACUCGCUGGUGGCCUCUUUGCCGAUAUGAGGGCUGUUUCGCCGGAAGACACAGCGCCAUCUCCAAUGCAGUUUCACUCAGAUGCGCCGAGUGCAGACGAACUACCUCCUCGCAAAUCUCGGGUCACUCCAAUGAAGACGUUGGCAGGAAUGGGCCCUAUGGAUGCCUACUUGGGAUCGUCGCCCACACCACACGCUCGAAGGAGUAGGCAGCAUAUUGUUAGCGACGAUACCAGUGUGGCCACUCCGACCGCUAUCCGUACGGUGCAGCACGCGGACGACAACGACGAUCUAGGAUCUUCCCCGCCGCACAUUGCGAAAGAAGUUGGCUCAAGAAUGAGGAAGCUGUCUAGCGGUAUUCCUGGAGAGGAUGUAGUGGAGGACAGUUUUGGGCAGCGACAGCCAGACAGUUCAUACUCCAUGUCCUUUGACGAGGGGACCACGAUUGAUGAGAUAGCAUUGUCCGACGCUAUCGCCGCUGAGGACCUCAUGGACUACGAUUUCCCCACAGACAUCACCAUGUCCGAACCACCCAGCUCGGCCAUUGACCUCCAGGUCACUGCGCAGCUUGACGCGGAUAUCCAAGCCCACGUCGACGCUACUCAACAAGGCGAUGAAGCAAGUCAAGAGUCGUAUGUUGGGGUUGUAGACAACGGGUCCGACCCACGCAUAUCUCUCGUCGACGCUGAUCAAGACGGCGACGAUACAGAAGUGGAAGACUCACAAGCACGCGCAGUUAACAAGGAGUCUGAAUUCGACACCAGCGGCACAAGUCGUGUCGACGAUUCCUUCACCAAGCCCAGCUCAGAAAGAGGAACGCCAAAGAACCAGAGCAUCCGUCGCUCAUCGCGCCACUCGGCAGUCGCCAGCCCCACACCCUCGCCCAGCGGAAAGAAGCGCAAACAAGGGUCCGCAAAGCAAGGCAAGAAAGGCAAAAAGAGCAGGACAGAAGAAAUCCGCGAAACAGAAACACCAUCCAAACACCCCGCCCCAGCCGCAGAAGCAGAAGCAGACGAAGAAACAAAUGACGGAGACACAAUCCUCGACACCAUCGUCGUCGAGGUCCCCUCCCCCAGCACAAACAAGAGCAAAAAGAGAAAACUGAGAAGCGACUCCAUGUCCUCCCAGCCAGACAGCCCCGUCGUCGUUCCGGGAAGCAGUCGCAAGCGCAGCAUGCUCCGCUCGCAGUCAUCGCUCAGCCAGGUCGAGAACUCGCAGGACGUCUUCGUCCGAGACUCGCCCGCGCCGAAACGUGCAAGACAGGCCGCGCAUCAGGAUGUCAGCGAGGCGAAGAGUAGUACGACGAAACGCCUCAGUCACGUUCAGGUCGCUGCUCCGUCGAAACCCACCAUCUCUACCGCAACGACGAGUCCACAAGAUGAUACGGCGACUCCUCCACCUGCACAAGACACGCCAGUUACGGCUACGCCUAGCCAGUCUUUCGCUGAGCGCGUUAUCCUCUCGCCUAGGAGUAUCAUUAAUCAGUUGAGGAACUUGAAGGAUUACUUGUUUAAUGCGCCGAGUUUGGUGUUGGGGAGUGAGGAGGAGAGGCAGAUUGAUGAUGCGCUGUUUGAUAUAAGGAGGAGUGUGCAUGCGGCGGGGAGGAGGGGGGAGGGGGACGCUUGA